AAUAAAUCUAAGAUGUUUAAAUUUUUAAUUAUUGUUAUUGUUUUCCUUAGAUAUUACUUGUGUAAUGGACAAGUGCUGCAGAUUGGAUUGUGUCCAGAAGUAGAAAGUAUGAAAUAUUUUGAAAUGGAAAAGUUCCUUGGAACGUGGUACGAGAUGCAACGGUUUCCAACCUGGUAUGAAGACUACGGCCAAUGCGCUUACAAGAUCUUCGACUAUUGUGGACGAAGACUGGAGAUCAGCCAUGGCUACAUCAAGGACAGAGUAGAAUAUGUGCUCCACGUGAACACGACCUAUGCCCCUGGAGAUGAAGCAGUAUUCACAACACCAAAAAGUAAUAUAGAUCCUGUGGGGAUUCCCUUGGUGGUAGUUGAUACAGACUAUAAAGACUACGCCGUAAUAUAUGGAUGUAAGAGUGAUGAUUUACGUAUAAAAUACAUCUCUGCAUGGAUUCUUUCGAGAUCUUACUCACUGGACGAGGAAACAUUAUCAAAAGCUCGAGAUAUUCUGGUCAAAAGAACAUCGUCGAGUGCAGUUUAUUUAGAAACAGUACACCACAGUCCAGAAUUGUGUGAUUCAUAUUGGACGGCUCAUGUGCAAGCACAGUAUGUCAAUACUACAGAGGUCGAUGAAGAAGUAGAAGGGAGAAAGAGAAUGACUAAAUAUUAUCAAAACAUAGACAAUAAAUGA